UUUUUUUUUAACCGGUUGUCAAAGUAAACAAAAUCGUCAAUAAUACAGCUUUGCUCGAAAUUAACCAAAUUAACUGUCUUUACACUGAACCGAACUUUAACAAAAGCAAGACAAUGCAUCCGGGCCAAACGGAAGUGAACGAAGUCACCGGCUACUGGACGUUUCUCCUCAGCAUUGAUUGGACAGAUCCGUGGCUGAUUGGCCUAGUUUUGGUGCAUGUCCUGACCACAGCAACAGCUCUACUCAGCCGGAACAACACCAACUUCCAGGUCUUUCUGUUCCUGGUACUGCUGCUGGCGGUUUACUUCACGGAGAGCAUCAACGAGUACGCGGCCCAGAACUGGAGCUCCUUCUCCAAGCAGCAGUACUUUGAUAGCAACGGGCUGUUUAUCUCGACAGUCUUCUCCAUUCCCAUACUCCUCAACUGCAUGCUGUUGAUCGGAACUUGGCUCUACAACUCCACGCAGCUGAUGGUCUCGUUGAAAACGGCUCAAAUCAGGGAGCGAGCGCGUCAGGGACGAAAAAACCAGGAAGACACAUCGUUGGCCACCGAGGAGCACGAGAAAGCUGAGUAGGAGCUGCGUUUAAUUUUAAGCUGUUAUCAUUGGAGCUGUGAGGAAUCCAUUGCUUUUUCAAAGAUGUAAAGCUAAAGUCCCCCGACUUGAAUUAGAAUUAGGCUUAGAGUCGUACUUGCUGCCAUUUCAGAAUAGCUUCUUGCGAUACUUAAUAUAUUUUAGAAACGCA